AUGUCGAACAACAGCGUAAAAAUUCCCGCUUUACCAUGCAAGCUGCUUGGCCAAUGCCAUUACAUUGUUUGGAGGAACUUUGCUUGUCGUAUGUUAAAAGUUCAAGGUUUGUGGAAUCUAGUCAAUAGUACGAGUAAGCAUCCUGUGUUCACCAGAAGUACUACUACGGUUACAAUAUCAUCAGAAGAGGUCGAAGAAGAAACCUCAGGCAAUGCUGAAGAAAUCAGCAAAUGGGAUAAGAAAGAUGACCUCGCGGUCAUCUUUCUUCAAUGCAAUAUUGAAUUUGAAGUCAUUCUCAUGCUCACUCUGGCCGAUACCGUUCACCACCUCUGGACUCAACUCGAGGACAAAUUUGAUCAAGAAACUGCAUCUUCUCUCCACUCGCUUCUUGCCAACAUUUCAUCUCUAUUCACUGGAACUAGUAACUCUCCGGAUAAGACCAAAGAUCCAAUCGGGUACCACCUCCACCAACUCGCAUCUGUCUCAGAAGUGAAACCCAACCUCACCUUCAAUGAUAUCAAUGAAAAGCUAAUGGAUCUGGAGUCAUGGCGCAACAACGAUGGACAGGCGACUGUACAAGCCUACCAUAUCAGGGGAGGAAACCCAGGACACGGAAGGAACAACAAAAACGGCGAAUAUUCAAAAGGCCAAAUACAUAAAGAUUGCUGGAAACUCAAAGCUUUCAGAGUUAAAGAGAAGUCCGCUGCAUCUGGCAACCUCAACAUCGUAUCCGGUACUGCAUUUCACACAAAACUAGACUUCUCUUGGAUUCCUGACUUCUCAGGCCUCUCCGAACUCGAAGUUGCUGAUGCAUUUACUAUGCGGGUUUCCUUCAACUUUAUCACUUUUUCCGGAACCUCAGAUGUAAUAGUGGAAGAGUACUUUGGAUUCCUUGCAGGACCUUCAAGAUCUGACAACAAGGCAUGUAUCUUUGAACCUGGUGCAACUAACUACAUGACCGAAACUCAGGUUACCAACGCCUCAUCUUACAGUGGAACAGUCACUUUUGGUGGCUGGCGAAAGCUACAGAUAACCGGAAUUGGAAAUAUCACCAUCAACAGACUCUAUAGCCCCAUUACCCUACAGAACGUAUUUUUAAUCCCAGAACUCGACAACACUAACCUAAUGUCCUGGUCAUAUAUCGCUAAGAAGAGAUUCACAACAAUAGGGACGGAAAACGGCUUUACCAUUUAUAAACUGAAUAACAUGUACAUCAUUGCUGUCGCUAAUGCAAACAGUACUGGUCUUUACAUUUUUGAAACGAAGGAACUUUGCGUACAUAUCUCCAUCGCCACCAGGUUCUAUCACUGGCACUAA